CGCCUCUACUCUUUUACUACUCUUUGGGGGGGUUUUCAGAGUUUCGGGUGACCGCUUUGGCUUUCCUUGGUUUUAAAGAGCAUUUGGUUAAUAAGAAGCUAAACCCUCGAUUCCUCCUCCCUUGUUGCAGGGGUCGACUUCCCUGGUCUCCAACCUCGAAGUUGACUAUCUCGCGAUGCGAUUGUCACCAGUGUCACCAGUCGAUUCCAGUUGGUCAUCACAACUCGCUUCUUAAUAUAUCGAUACUAAGACAUCGACAGUCUAACGACAAGCAACGAUCCGCAUCUCUGACACAUACCUACCGAUUUGAAGGGAUCGACGAUUCUCAUCCACUUCCCGCCAUCAUCUCCACCAUGCCUCCCUGGCUUCAAGAAGGCAAUGCCCAGGGCUUUUCGCCAUGGACAGAUUCAACGAUGGCUCUCAGCCUCGAGCCGCGUCGAGUAAAGCAGUUCACCAUGGCUGCUCUUACUCCCCAUCAGACAUAUGUUAUUCAUGUUGCGACUCUCACCGUAGCAUCGAUGAGCAUACUUGCAACAAUAAUAACUUCGUUUUGGUUCUUUCGAAUGAGGCGGAGUUUCCGCCAUGACCUCAUCAUGUUACUCAUUUAUAGUGAUAUGUUCAAGAGUUUCUGGUUACUUGUCUUCCCCGCCGUGGAACUUGUCGCUGGGAAAAUUGAAACGACUGAGACCUUCUGUCAAGUCAGCGGGUUCUUCCUUGCUCUCAGUAUAGAAGCUUCUGACGUUUCGGUCGCUCUCAUCUCAGUACAUACUGCAUUGUACAUCUUUCGUGGAGAGCAAGGCCUCUACCCAUAUCGAAAGGCGGCCUACGCUCUUGCCGCCAUUAUACCUGUUGUGAUGGCUUCAUUAGCAUUCAUCGAAAGCCCGGGUUACAUUAACACUGGCCAGUUUUGCUAUCUACCGUUCAACCCGAUGUGGAAGAGACUGGCGCUCUCUUGGAUUCCUCGCUAUAUGGCUUUCACUGUUAUUCUCUGCCUAUGUAUAGGCGUAUACGUUUACGUUCGAGUGUUGAUGAGACGAUUCGGCUCCGGGAAUGAAAGUUCGAAGAAUACCCUUUCAAAAACGUCCGGUCUUGAAAGUCUCGAUCCCUUGCAACAAGGAAUCACCACUGUACCACCGACUCCUACGAUAAGAUACCACGGCCUAAUUCCUUCUUCCAACCCUUCGCGGCGCAAUUCCUUUACUAUACUCGAAGAUCGGACCACAAGACCUCCACUCGUGGCAUUCAACUCUUUCCAUUUGGACAUGUCCGGAUCCACGCAUCCCAACAGGCUUCAUUCGGCACGACUAGCGCGGAGAGGAUCGACUCAGAUGUGGAUGGCCAACUUUGGUACGGAUCUGACAUCUCAGUCUGAACAGGCAGAAGUUGGAUCCCAGAAUUCGACGGGAACAACUCGCUGUGGUUCAGACGAUGUGAUUGCCCCUUUAGCCACCCAUACAAAACCUGAGCCUGUCCACCAAACACCUCUCCACGAUGUUGUCUCACCAUCAUAUACCAUACAGACCGACUUCUUUCAUCGAUCUGAUGGCUCAAACGCUCCAUCUAGGCCGCCAUCUAUACCUAAUCUUUUCGCCAUACUCCGUCGCACACCAGACAGUCCACACAGCAACGGCACCGACCUCGUCUUGACUCAGAGCGAUUUCAACGCACCUGGUACUGUCAAGUCACGUGAAAAGAUCUUGCGACAACUCCGGUUACUAUUUAUUUAUCCGAUAGUCUACGUCGCCAUUUGGAUUCUGCCCUUCAUCGUACAACUUACUGGAUAUGGACGAGGAGCCCCCUAUGGCAUGAGACUGGCCAGCAUCAUAUUUCUGUGUUUCCACGGCUUGGCUGAUGCCGUGGUCUUCUCUCUGAAAGAGAAGCCUUGGAGGCAUAGUCAGGCUUUCAAACGCAUCAACGUCCAAUUUUGGAAAAGACGACAGGAAGUGCCCGAUGUGGGUGCAAGAGUCGGACGCACAAGAGAGGAAAUGACACUCGAUUCUCGAUUCGCAAAAAAGAGGCGACAACAGGAACAAGCUGAGUGGGAAAUGGAUCGUCAGGCUGGAAAUGAGGCCCGCAAAGCAGCGAGGGCAGUCCCCCAGUGGUGGGAUGCCGAAGAGUAAUGAGGAACUACAUGGCGUGUAAAUAAGAGCUGCAUGACAAAGGUCGAGAGCUUUGGAAAGCGUACGGAGGAUGAUACCCAGGAUUUCAUAGGUCUAGAUCAUGACGGGGCAUCAUGAACUUGCAUUAGAUGGCGUUGCGCAUUUGGGAUGCAUUGGGUGGUUAUUUGGCGUAUAUGUCAAACAUGAUUUAGAUUAGACGGAGAAAUGUCAGCAUCCAAAAGGUAUUUGUAUUCGUGUUUGAUCAUUUGAAUGAUACUCCAAAGUCGUUUGAUGUCGUUACUC